AUGAUUCACAUUUCGAUUCCAACGACGCAAACGUUAGUUGAAACAGAUGGCAGCCGUACGUAUGAUGCAUUUGAUAUAUACGUCAAUGGUGCUUAUCAUGCAAGCAUACGAUAUUCUCAUUUAUUGAAGCUUCAUGAGAAGUUACGUGGCCAUUUUGGACCGAAAUUAAAAACACCUGAUUUUCCAUCAAAAAAAUUAUUCCGAAUAUUGGAUCAGAAAACACUGGAAGAAAGGAGACUAGCGUUAGCGCGUUAUUUUCAAACGAUAAUUCAGCUUCAGUCAAUCGCUCAACACUUCAUAACUGAAAACGCUUUUCUUAAUUUUCAAAUCGAAUCAUUUCGACCAUCAUCAAGUAACGUCUCGGUUGAUAUUUUCAUGGCAGACGGUACCAAGGAAACCGUUCGUUGCAACGUCGAACAUCCUACUGAAAUUAUUUUAAAGCGAUUUGCUGAUAUUAUUGGUUUGGGUAUUGAAAACAUUGGAAAUUUUGGUUUAUUUGUGGCUAAACGACGGCAUGCUAGUGAUGAUGGUCACUUUAUGUCUUCUCUUGGUUCGAUGAAAUAUCCGGAUACACUCUCUGUGCGAUUAUUGCGAAAUUUCGAAUCACCUUAUUUAUCAAUUCAUUUAUUGAAUCAGAAAUCGGCAGCAACAGGAGUGUUUUAUUACAUUGUUAUUAGAAAAUUAGUCUGGGAUCCAAAAGUUGAGGAAGAGCUUAUGGAUGAUCCCGGAGCUGUUUUAUUAUUGUACAAGCAGGCCGCAAGCGAUCUAUAUAAUGGUCAUUUUAUACCCCGUCAAACAGAAAUCAAAAAUCGUCUUUUAGCUUUGGAAGAGCAGGGCAAUUGUACUCAGUUUCUACGUUUGUGUCAUUUGGAGCCAAACUAUAGUUAUGAAGUUUUGGAGCCCUGCUCAAGUAAUUAUCCACGACCAGGAACGGAAUGCAAUUUAAAAGUUGGUCGACGUCAUAUUCUUUUGGAAUUCGAAGAUGAGGGAGCGAAGGAUGGUAUUAUGCGUGCAGAAUUUCGAGCAACAAGAAUUCGUGUUUGGCGCAUUUCUCAGCAAGAUAAUGGCUUUACAUUCUUUUUUGAAUAUCUAAUAUCAAAAGGGGUAUUUCACUGGAUUGCUUUAUAUACCAAUCAGGCCAUUUUGCUUUCUUUACUGCUUCAGUCAAUUGGUUUUGAAAUUCUCAAAGAACAUCGAUCCUUAAUGACCACACUUGGUGGCCGUGACUAUGAUUAUCCAACAAAAGAUGUAUUCAAAAUUUAUUCUUCACAAGAAGAUGGUUUGGUAGGAUCUCCCGUUAUUUCGAGAACUGUCCAAUAUUCAAUGCCAAUGAAGAAUAGUGAAUGGAAGAAUUCGGUAGAGUCGAGAGCGGUCGAAGAAACCAUUUCAAAUCGUGCUCCAUUAGCUAAUGCUCGAAGUGACAAUGGCAGCAUUGGUUCGGUCGAUAUAAACCAUCAUUACGGCACUACCAGUCAUAAACAAAAUUCAGAGUCGAUUGGCAGAGAUUCUGAUGAGUCUAUGCGAGAUGCCUUUACCACAAUUUCGAAGGCAUUACCUUUAAAAAAUGAAGGAUUUGAAAUUACGGACGAUGACUUAUAA